AUGCCUUCCGAUGGGGUAAGUCUGAUAAUUUUUCAGGGAUUUUUUUCAAGAAUUCAGGCUUGUGUCGGAAAAUCUGAAAAAUGUUUUGAAGUUAAAUUUCAGCACUAAAUUGGUUGUAAAACUUAUUUAUCUGGAAUUUACUUUGAAAUGUUUUCAGUUUAAAAAAUCAAAAUAUUUUCAGAUUUUUUGUCAGACUCUGAAUGUGAGAAAAGUCUCCAAAAAUUGGGCAAAAAUCACUUCCGGAUUUUCCAGGAACCGAAAAAUUCGGGAAAAAAAAUUUAAAAUUUCCUAGAAAGUACAAAAAAUGAUGUUUUCUCUUUCAAAACACAUUCACAUUCACAUUUUGUGCUUUUCUGGUCUUAAAAUUUUGUUAAUCCAAUUUCCUUGGCUUACUCACUCAUAAAAAAUAAAACAAAUGUGAUGUGAAUUUUUCUAAGAAUUUUGAUUGUUCAGAGAGAAUGCGUUUCAAUUCACAUUGGCCAAGCUGGCUCGCAAAUUGGAAAUGCUUGCUGGGAGUUGUAUUGUAUGGAGCAUGGGUUAGAUGAGGCUGGAUUUUUGAAGGAGGAGGAAAUGAACAAGCAACAAUCACUUCAAGCGUUUUUCUCGGAAUCCAAUAAUGGGAAGCAUGUUCCUCGCGCGAUUUAUGUUGAUUUGGAGCCAACCGUUUUAGGUAGGUUAGAAAGCUUUAUCUGAAUUUGAAUCUUUUUUUUUAAUUCCAGAUGAGAUUAGAAAUGGUGUGUACUGUAACUUAUUCCAUCCUGAUCAAAUCAUCAAUGGUAAAGAAGAUGCAGCCAAUAAUUACGCUAGAGGGCAUUACACAAUUGGAAAAGAGCUUAUUGAUGUUGUCCUAGAUCGAGUUCGCAAGCAAUGUGAAAACUGUGAAGGUCUUCAAGGUUUCCUAGUUUUCCAUAGUUUUGGAGGUGGCACUGGUUCUGGAUUCUCAUCACUUCUUAUGGAACGACUUUCCGUUGAAUAUGGAAAAAAAUCGAAAUUGGAAUUUAGUGUUUACCCAGCUCCCCAGGUUUCUACAUCGGUUGUUGAACCUUAUAAUUCGAUUUUGACAACUCAUACAACUUUGGAGCAAUCGGAUUGUAGUUUUAUGGUUGACAAUGAGGCGAUUUAUGAUUUGUGUAGACAGAAGUUACACAUCGAGAGACCUUCGUAUUCAAAUUUGAAUCGAUUGAUUGCUCAAGUUGUUUCAAGUAUUACAGCUUCCCUAAGAUUCGAUGGAGCGUUAAAUGUUGAUUUGAACGAGUUCCAGGUUUAUAGAAUUCUUAUUCUCUAAAACGUUUUUGAAAAAUAUUUUCACUUCAGACUAAUUUGGUGCCCUACCCACGUAUUCAUUUCCCAUUGGCAACUUAUGCUCCAGUUAUCUCUGCUGAUCGUGCACAUCAUGAGCCCCUGUCAGUUCAAGAUAUUACUCAUAUGUGUUUUGAAAAGGCGAAUCAGAUGGUGAAAUGUGAUCCAACUUCAGGAAAAUAUAUGGCAGUCUGUCUUUUAUACCGUGGUGACGUAGUCCCAAAAGAUGUGAACGCCGCAAUAUCAUCUGUCAAAGCCAAGCGCGGUAUCAAUUUCGUCGAUUGGUGCCCAACUGGCUUCAAAGUCGGCAUCAACUACCAAGCUCCAGUUACUGUAGAAGGCGGCGAUUUAGCCAAAGUUCAUCGAGCUGUCUGUAUGUUAUCAAAUACAACUGCAAUUGCUGAAGCUUGGGCAAGACUUGAUCACAAAUUUGAUUUGAUGUAUUCAAAACGAGCAUUUGUUCAUUGGUUCGUUGGAGAGGGGAUGGAGGAAGGAGAGUUUGUUGAAGCUCGUGAUGAUUUGGCGGCUUUGGAGAAAGAUUAUGCCGAAGUCAGCAAGGAUACUGCAGAUUUGGAAGAUGAUGGAGAAGAGUAUUGA